AUGAAGGAAGCUCUCUGUGAAUGGUGUACAUAUGAGGAUGAAGAUGUGGGACAUGCAAUAUGCUAUUGCCCCUUUGUUCGACAGUCUUGGAAGCACUACUUUCCUGAUUUACUGACAGAUGAUGUUAAGUUGGAUAUUAUGCAAAUAGUUUUAAAGGUGCUAAGUCAAGGUAAACAUGAAGAUCUUGAUCAGUUUUUUCUUAUUGCUUGGAAUUUGUGGAAUAAAAGAAAUCAGAAGAUUUUUGUGAAUAAAGUCUUGACAACAAACCAAGUAAUUGAGCAUGCUUUGAGUUUGGCUAAGGAUCACAAGGAAGCUAGAGUUCAUAAACAAACCAGAAAACUUUCAAGUUGCUAUUGGCAAGCUCCUUCUCAAAAUGCAUUGAAGUUAAAUGUAGAUGAGGCUAUUUUUGCAACUCUAAAUCGUUCAGGAGUGGGUUUUAUCUUAAGGAGUAGUUCCUCUAAAGUGAUCAUGGCUGCAAGUAUGAAGGAAAAUGGAGCGAAUGACUCAAUGGAAAUUGAGCUUCUUGCUAUAUUGAGAGGGCUACAAAUCUGCAUUCCCAUGGGUAUUGAUGAACUGAUUAUUGAAAGUGAUUUAUUACUUAUAGUCAAUGAAUUGAUUGGGGCAGGUGAACCACGGGUAAUCUGGUUUAUGAGGUGA